CAACAAUUUAUUCCACUUAAAAAAGGACAUAUCUAGUUCCCGCCAUGUCUUUAGCCGACGAACUUUUAGCCGAUUUAGAGGAUGAUAAUGACGUCGACGAUGAUUUGGCCAUGGAGGAGGAAAUUUCGGAAGAUGUACCAGAAGAGGCUGAACAGUUUCUAAAACCAACGGUAAAUAAUCUCAUGGAAGUGGAUGUGAAAGUAAAUUCCAUUAGGGAGCUUUGUAAACUCAGGGACUCGGAUAGAUUGCAGAAUAUCUUAAGUCUAAUUGAUAAUUAUUCGCAACGUCAGCGCACUGCUUCGGAGAUGCUGGGAAAUGUAGAAUCUGAUCCCGAGUAUAGGUUGAUAGUAGAUGCCAACGCUUUGGCAGUUGAAGUGGAUAAUGAAAUAUCCAUUAUCCACAAGUUUGCCAAGGAGAAAUAUCAGAAACGUUUUCCCGAAUUGGACUCACUGAUUGUGGGAGAAAUUGAAUAUUUGCUAGCUGUUAAAGAAUUGGGAAAUGAUUUAGAUCAAGUCAAGAACAAUGAAAAGUUACAGGCCAUACUAACACAGGCAACAAUUAUGAUUGUUUCAGUGACUGCAUCUACCACACAGGGCACUGUCUUAACCCCUAAUGAAAAAGCUCAAAUAGAUGAGGCUUGUGAAAUGGCCAUAGAACUCAAUAAUAUUAAAACCAAAAUCUAUGAAUAUGUUGAAAGUCGCAUGACAUUUAUUGCCCCAAAUCUUUCAAUGAUAGUGGGCGCAUCUACUGCAGCCAAGCUUUUGGGUAUUGCUGGCGGUCUUACAAAACUUUCCAAAAUGCCGGCUUGUAAUGUUCAGGUACUCGGUUCCCAAAAGAAAACAUUAUCGGGGUUUUCAAAAACUCAAAUGCUUCCCCACACAGGCUAUGUGUUCUUUUCACAGAUUGUACAAGACACUCCACCGGAUUUAAGACGUAAAGCAGCUCGUUUGGUAGCUGCCAAAGCUGUGUUGGCUGCCCGCGUAGAUGCCUGCCAUGAAUCGGUACAUGGUGAAAUUGGGUUAAAAUUCAAAGAGGACAUUGAGAAAAAGUUGGAUAAACUACAAGAACCACCUCCAGUGAAAUUUAUAAAACCUUUGCCCAAACCCAUAGAAGGUAGCAAAAAGAAACGUGGUGGCAAGCGGGUUCGCAAAAUGAAGGAAAGAUAUGCCUUGACUGAGUUCCGCAAGCAUGCAAAUAGAAUGAACUUUGGUGAUAUCGAAGAGGACGCCUAUCAGGAUGAUUUGGGUUACUCUCGCGGUACCAUAGGUAAAACAGGAACUGGCCGCAUACGCCUCCCUCAAGUUGAUGAAAAGACUAAAGUACGAAUUAGCAAGACUCUCCAAAAGAAUUUGCAAAAACAACAGGUUUAUGGAGGUAGUACAACAGUGAAAAGGCAAAUUGUCUCGGGUACGGCUUCUAGUGUAGCCUUUACACCUCUACAAGGUUUGGAGAUUGUCAAUCCCCAGGCAGCUGAAAAAUCCCAAGCUGAAUUGAAUGCCAAAUAUUUCUCCAAUACAUCGGGCUUUUUGUCAGUUGGUAAACGGACAACAUAAGUCACAAACACUUUUCUUUAUUACAAAAACAAUGAAAAUACAAUAAUUAAUCAAUAAAAGAACUUCAAUUAUAAUAAACAUAGAA